AUGGCCAAAUUUCUCGCUACACUCCUCUUGGUCUCUUCUGUUGGUGUGGCUACCGUAUCCGCCGCAGCGGCCACCAGAGCCAAAGUUUGCGUGAAAGCCGUCAAUAUGGGUCUUACCUUCUACACAGCCAAGGAAUGCGAACCAAUCCUUCAAUGUAUCGAGCCGACACUUUAUUCCACGCCUGAAGACACCAAGGCUCUUAUUGAGAAGGGAAAAUCAUGCGUGAUCAACAACAGUAUGAACAAGGCUCUUGCCGCAAUGUCGCUGUACAGUGGAUUCAAUAGUUGCACCGAUUUAAUGGCUCUGCUUGACAAGCUCACCACUCCAUUCAUGAACCAAUGCAAACAAGUGAUCAACAAGGGAUUGGCCGCACUCAACGCCUGCAAAAAGAAUAAUAAGCAGACCGGCACCGCCAAGCAGACCGCAUGCGUUAACCAAGCUUACGGAGAGGGAAUCGCCAUUGUCACCAAGGUUUACAUCAACAAAGUUUGCACUGCAUUGGCUGGAAAAAUGACCGCCAAGGAAUGGAACUGCGUCAAGGAAUACGCACCAAAGGUUGUCAAUGUGGCCGGAUAUGCCUGCGCCAACAUUGUGAAGACCUAA